CUGCUUACCCUCACUCUCACUGGCCAGUUUCUCUCUCCUGUUCUGAAGAUAUUAGAACCUACUUCUUCAGGGUCCCAACCUCUCUAGAACCUUCCUGGGACUCUAGCACCAAAUUGAGACAACUGACUUUAGUCUUGUGGACAACGCCAGGAUCCUCAGCCUUUCCUUCAGGAGACAGUUGUUGUAGCACUCCUCGGACCACACCUCCUCCAAAGCCCAGAGAUGCCAAAGGAGCAGCAAGAGGUGGUUGUACUGGGGGGACCCCACAUCUCAACUUCCGCGACAACAACCACAAUCAACAUGCCUGCUGAGAUCUCCACACCUGACCAUGUGGUCUGGUCCCUGUUCAAUACACUCUUCAUGAACUUCUGCUGCCUGGGUUUCAUUGCGUAUGCCUACUCUGUGAAGUCUAGGGACAGGAAGAUGGUGGGUGAUGUGACCGGGGCCCAGGCCUUUGCCUCCACCGCCAAGUGCCUGAACAUCAGUGCCCUGGUCUUCAGUGUCCUUAUGGCCACCAUCUUCAUCAUUAUCUACGCCACUAAAAAAUAGCCAUCUUGCAGCAUCUCACAGUAGAUAACAGAUUCUGGGGCCUUCUAGGCUUAUAUGUGUUCCACUGUCUAUAGCUGUCCGGAAGCCUAGUCUUGGUCCUGACCAUUUACCCCAUACAUAUGCAAAUGUUACACUCACGUAUCUGUCCACAGUGGAUUCAAUAAAGAGCACGUGCUGUGACUUUCUGUCCCUGGA